GAAAAUACACGUCAUUCAGUUGCCAUAGUACUACAUUUCCCAGGAGCACCCGCUCGGUAGACUACACAAGGCAACAUGGCGGGAAUAGGAGCUUUCCUGAAGAAUGCCUGGAAUAAGGAGCCUGUUAUCCUAGCGUCCUGUGCUCUUGGACUGUUUGGCAUUGCUCUUCCAUUCCUCAGCCCCACUACGAAAUAUUCAGGAAUGAUCAAUUCAUCAGUGCCAUACAACUAUCCAGUCCCAGUGCGGGAUGAUGGAAACAUGCCUGAUAUCCCUGAACAUCCGUGUAAACCAAGUGGAGACAACCUGCAAUGGCUUAAGAAUUUGUAACUCACCAUCAGAAUCUAUGAUGUUUCUCGUUUGUUUUUGUCUGCGUAUCCGCUACAUGUUUCCUGAAAUAAAGAGUCUAUUUAAUUCAA